AUGCAAUCGUUACUACAAAAGCCUUUUGUUAAAAGUAAGACAAAAGAUCAUGUUUGCUAUUUGGAAAGACGGUUGAAACAAUGGCUAAAAGGAGAUAUAAAAGCACUCAUUAAUGAAGGGAAAUGUAUUCAAAGGCAUUUAAUUUCUCAAACGAAUAUGCCGUUUGAAUAUAAGAAGAUUACGCGUGGGUUUAGUCGUCUUAUGUUGCAAGGGAAAGUUCAUCAAGCCGUCCGUUUGAUUUCUAUCGCUGAUAAACGUGAUGCUUUAAUACAUGAUGUAGAUAGCAAUGGCAAUGCUAUCUGGAAAACUACGAGAGAGAUCUUGCUGGAGAAACAUCCCGAAGGAAAAACACCGAUACCAGAAACGCUUCUAUCGGAUACCGAGUUUGACCAAACAUGUUUUGAUCCCAUCAUAUUUGAACGAUUAACUGGUGAAAGCAUCAAGCAAGCAGCAAUGAGGACCAACGGCGCUGCCGGUCCAUCUGGUGUCGAUGCAUUUGGUUGGCGACGCUUUUGUUCAUCUUCCAAAAGUGCAUCAACUGACUUAU